AUGUUAAAAACGGCGUUGAAAGUAUCUUCUAUAUCACUGCGGUCUCUUGAAUUUCCUGCUUUUAUUUCGUAUCAUAAUAUCGAUAAAAUCGACAUCAAUGAUGUAUCAACCUAUGUGCCAAAUUCUCUUACUAAAAGCCAAUGCAGUAGUAUUAUCGCAGAAAUUAAAGAUUGUUUUGAGCGUGGUGUGAGAUUUCACGAUUAUGACAACGUGCUAAAUCAAGAUACAUUAGACUAUAUCAAUUCAUUGAUGAAAUCUCGUCGUGCUAAUAAAAAUCUUCGAUCGUUUUUGCAAACUGUUCAAAAUCUCAUUAGUUCUGUUUCAAUAGUACAAUUUCAUGUUCAACCAACAUAUCAUUCUCAAAAAUUUACAUGCGAACUUGCUAUAGAACACUAUCAAAUACGAAUCAAACCUACAAAAGAAUCAAUUGAUUCGAUAAUUUUAGAAUAUGCCCAAGAAAAAUUUCAUCAUAUCAAUUCAGAUCAUUUAAGUCAAAUAGUGAAUUUUGUUCAGAGAUUUUAUCGUCAAAAUGAAUUUCCACAAGAAAUUUUUUCUCAUCUUAACGAGGAAAACAAUAAUCUAAGUGAAAUUACGAACUUUUUUAGAAAACAAAUAUCAGAAAGUUGGAAUAAAUUUCUUUCGGAAAAUCAAUAUGAACAAAGAUAUUCUUCAAUUGAAAAAAUCAUGGAACAUCUCGAUUCUUUACAUGAACAAUCUACAAGUUUUUGGAAUGAAUUGUUAAAUUCUAUUGCAAUAUCUAAUGAGUAUUUACUUGAAACUGGUCUAAUUUUUCGAAUGACACCAACAACUAUCUUACCUUUACUUCAAAAUGAAAGUGUACAUGAUUUUCUAUUAACGAAAGAUCAAUAUACACUACUCGGUGGUAUCGUUGUCAAUUGGAUGUUAGAACAACAAAUUGAAAGAAUUUUGUAUUUUGCAACUAACAGAAAAUGGGAAGACUUCAAGAAAGAAAUAUCUCAUACAGCACACUCAAAUUGGAUACCAUCUAAACAUAUAUCUUGGCUUAUAUUAGAAUUAGAAAUGAAUAUAACUAUUUGA